GCGCGCCCUCUCCCGGCCCCACCAUCUGUGCUGGUCUGGAGAGGAAAAAAACGAGGCAAACAGCUGACUGACAGUCGCCGUCAGGGCGUGUUGUUUAGCUGAGCUCUACUUAGCCAGGCGGGGCUGCCAGGCCAGACAGUCGCUCUUUCAACACACGGUUGACUUAUGUUGAAUCUAUAGAAAAUAUGGAUUUCGAUGCGUUAUUUAACGAGAAGACCUUUCGGUUUUCGGACUUCCAGGAGUUUACGUUUCUUCCUGCACACCAGAAGUUGACCGAACGAGUGAGAAAGCGACUGUACUAUGGCCUGGACAAAGACGUUUCUUUAGAUGCCCUCUCUUGCCCUGUUACAGAUAUUGCUGUCGAGAUCUUCCAGAAGUCUGCCCCGAGCCCGAUCCGAAAGCUUCAGAAGAAGUAUGCUGCUCACGUGUCCAGGGAGGCCUGCAUCUCUCCGUGUGCCAUGAUGCUGGCUCUAGUUUACAUAGAAAGGCUCCGACACAGAAACCCUGAAUACCUACAAAAGAUCUCCUCCUCUGACCUCUUCCUGAUCUCCAUGAUGGUUGCCAGCAAGUACCUGUAUGAUGAAGGAGAGGAAGAAGAGGUUUUCAACGAUGAGUGGGGAGCGGCCGGGAAGCUGGACGUCAAGACUGUCAAUAACCUGGAGAUGAACUUCUUGAAUGCCAUUGAGUGGAGCCUCUUCACGGAGCCAAAUGACUUAUUUGACAUACUAAGUCACCUGGAAACCAGCAUCGCAGAGCGGCAGGGGAUGAAGCGCGGCUGGUUCACCUACACUGACCUCUGUGUUCUACUUGAGCAAUCGGCAUGGAGUCAAGUUCUCACAGCCAUCUGCCAGCACUUUACUAAGGUAUCCUGUAUGCUCGGGCUCGUCUAUCUGACCAGUGUGGCUGGUCUCAUUGCCACCAGCGCUGUGCUGCACCAGCUCAGCCUCUCCAGAAGCGGCCAGUCCCUGCUCCCGCCUCAACCAGAGAUUAGCCCGGCCCGCAUCCAGACCUCCGACCUCAACUCUGCCUCCCCGUCUGAAGCCCAGCACGUCCCCUGUUGCCUUCUGGCCAAUGAGAGUCUGAACCGCCAGACCGGAGAACUUGAAAUGGACCACCAGCACACGCAAAGCCCUCCGUCGUCUUCCUCGCAGACGUCGCUGUUGUGUCUCUGGGGCUCCCUCCUCGCCUCGAUGGGUCACACGCAUCCUGAAACUCAUACCGACAUGGAAGCUCCCCAAACUUGGUCUCCCGCCUCCUUCCUCUGUCCUGGCUGCCUCGCAACCCUCCCUCCUCUUCAGUGUGGGCUUAGAAACACCUCAGCACUUGGCCGUCAAGGUCCUCUUGACAACCACCAGCGUCACGCACCGUGGCUGGCCUCCAGCCUCCUUGGAGGGGCCGAACCAAGUCUGAACUCUCGCCUGGGGGUGUUCCCCCCUGUACAGCUUGGACCCUGCCAUCCAAAGUCUAUAUUACCUGUCGACAAAGCCCAAGCUCUGCUCAUGCCAGGCUAGAGACUGCAGACCUCUCCCCUGCUGUCAGCCUGUAGCUCUGGACUCUUGAAGUUAAACCAGCGUUGAUUUCAUCACUCAUCAGCUGCUUUGUGUCCUGUUUUUUUAACUUAUCCACAUCUAGAAUACAGGCGCAAAGCCAAGAGUUACCAGGCACAUUUUGACAGGGUGAGAGUUUGAUCCACAGGGUGGAAAUUCACUUAUAGUCAUGCAGAAUACAUUUGCCAUAAUUGCAACGCCAUAGUGCACAGUUAAACGCCCUGCUUUGUUUUGGCUGCUGAGGGAAGAACUGAAGGGAUUAGGAAAACGAGAAAUGUGAUUUGUUUCUCUUUUUAUUUAAUUUUUUCUUUUGGCUGCAAACCAAAUUGUUUCGUUAACAUUAUCAGACCUGUGGUAGUUGAUGAAGGGCCUUCAUGUUGAGCGUGUUGAGUUAUUACAUUAAAGCCGGUUUGCUGCUCAGCAGGUUGAUGAAAGUGUGUGUGGAAGUUUCGCAACAUAUCUGAACGCCGAGAGUUUCACAGCAAGUUUUUCUUUACGAUGGGACGCUGAGAGGACUGAACUAAGUCGGUUGACUACGCCUGCUACAUUUUUGGCUUUAACACAUUUUGCUCACUGUUACCAUGUGUUUUUCUUUUCUGAACAAGGAGCUUUACAUCGGUCACACGCGAGCCGCAAGCACUGAUUCUGUACACCAGAUUUGUUACUGUUUCCUGUCCUUGUAAACCUGCAGAUAGCAUCUCCAUACCUCAGUGUAACUGUUAGCAACCACACAGAAAUGGAAAAAAAAGGAAACUCCUUUUUAAUAGCUCCUUCGUUUUCACAAUCUGCAUUCAUCGUUUUUGUUUUUAUGUGGGAUGUCACAUAAUCCUAAAGCCACUUCUGUAACAGGGUAACGUGUAGCCAAAUCUAAGAGAUUAAUCUGGAAGUUUCUCCAAGGGGAAGAAGGACUGUGUAAACAAAAGAUGUGUUCCUGGGGGCUCAUUCUGUUUUUUAAAGAUAACUUGUAACAUGUCAAAAGCUGCAGUGUUUUCUCUGUCUGGAAUUUGCACACCUGGCUCCACCUCCAUUUGCUACAGGACUUUUUCACUCCAUCAUUACUGCAUUAAGUCACCAGAGGAAAAUGUAAAGACCGGAUGACUUUGUACGUACACACGCUCCCAGGGACGUUUUGCUUUGUAAAUUGAACCUUUGACAAAUUGCUCUGAGCGUUUUGAAUUUGAUACACUUUGAAGCACGAAGUCCUUAAAUUUUUGUACAUGGUGUAAAAAAAGAAAAAAUGAAAAUGCAAAUCUGUAGAAAAAGGAGCAAAUAAAGAAUGCAUUUGUUUUGGA